AUGUCCAAGACGUCAAAAGGCGACCCGAAACUGCGUCACUUAAUACACGAAGUGUCAAAAAAAUAUGUCGCUAUCAGAGUCUGUACAGCAGACUCAGAUCCGCACGAAUUGAACGUGCUUUCUGAUCUUUCCAACUCGCGACGGGACUUGGGCGAUAGUCUGGGGAAAGCUAUGAUACCUUUCAUCUUGGACACUUUCGAGAUCCAAGGUCCAAAUGGCACCCAUGCAUGCUACGUGACUCUCCCAGCGAAGAUGAGUCUUUCCAAUGUGAAGGAUGGAUCAUAUAUUCGCCUUUUUAAGUUAGAAGUUGCGCGAGCAUUGGCAGCACAGUCUGCAGUUGCAGUUGAGUACGUACAUUCACAAGGUUUUGCUCAUGGUGACCUUCACUACGGCAAUGUUCUCAUUCAGCUACCCUCUGGAUUAGAUUAUGGACAGUACGGCCAGCCAGAGACUGUGGCUAUCACUCGUUUUGACGGCAAAGAGCUCCCUUCAUCUAAAAUCCUGCUCUCCGACUUCGGUGAGGCAUUCUCUCCUACAAGGGAAAAAAAAUUUGAGUCGCAUACUCCUCUUGUAAACCGGGCCCCGGAGACUCGUUUCGAAUCAGCCAACCCGCUUUCUUUUCCCUCAGAUAUUUGGUCGCUUGCCUGCUCAAUCUGGGAUAUUAUUGGCCAAAACCCAUUGUUUGAAGGUUUUCUGGCGACCGAGGACGAUAUAGCCUGCGAGCAUGUUGAUGCACUUGGUAUUCUGCCCCCUGACGGGUGGAACAAAUGGGAGGUGCGUCGAAAUAUGUUCAGCGAAGAUGGGAAGCCGAUAGAUUGCCGGCCGUAUCAAUCAUGGGAGGAUCGUUUCGAAGACAGUGUGCAGCAGCCUCGACAGGCGGAAGGAAUGCCGCUAUUUGAGCCAGCCGAAAGAGAUGCCCUUUUCUCCAUGCUCAGGCCAAUGCUUUCUUUCAAGCCCGAAAGUCGCCUUUCUACUAAGGAGGUUCUGGCGUCUGAAUGGAUGGUGAAAUGGGCCCUGCCUGAGUGUGCAACGAUUUGGAAGUCUUGACUCAUGGCAGGUGUCGACUACGCGACACAGUGCUUUGAAGGCAUGAAAGC